CGGAUGGAGUGGAGGGAGUGAUGGCGGAGAGCGCAGCUCUGUCCCGCACAUAAACAAACCGUAACUCCCCCUUCAGCUCUCACGCCGCACGGAGAGCGCUGGCAGAGCGGCCGGGCUUUGGAGCAUGACCGUGUAUCACUAGAGUCCUUCAGUGUGAGCAGCACCAUGUCGAUGGAAGACCCGUUUUUCGUCGUGAAAGGGGAGGUCCAAAAGGCUGUAAACACUGCACAAGGUCUGCAUCAGAGAUGGAGUGAGCUACUGCAAGAUCCGGGUGGUGCCACCAAGGAAGAGAUUGACUGGACCACAAAUGAGUUGAGGAACAGCCUGAGGUCCAUUGAAUGGGAUUUGGAGGAUUUGGACGAAACUAUUAGUAUUGUGGAAGCAAAUCCAAGAAAGUUUAAUCUUGAUGCUGUGGAGUUGACCAAGCGAAAAGCCUUCAUCACCAGCACAAGGCAGACAGUUAAGGAGAUGAAGGACCACAUGUCUAGUCCAAUGGCUGUGUCCAUAUCGGACAAGAAAAACAGACAGACUCUUUUGGGGGAUGGAGGUUCCCAUGGCCCAAUCUGGCAACCCGGAGGAGGAGGAGACAGGUACACCCGUCUGGACCGAGAGCUGCAAACAGCCAACUCCCAGUUUAUUGAGGAGCAGCAAACCCAGCAGCAGCUCAUAGCGGAGCAGCAGGAUGAGCAGUUGGAGCUGGUGUCAGGGACCAUUGGUGUGUUGAAGAACAUGUCUCAAAGGAUUGGACAGGAGCUUGAUGAACAAGCAGUAAUGCUUGAUGAUUUCUCUCAUGAAAUGGACAACACUCAGUCCAGACUGGACAAUGUGAUGAAGAAGCUGGCUAAAGUUUCCCACAUGACAAGUGACCGACGGCAGUGGUGUGCAAUUGGCAUUUUGUUGGCCAUCCUGUUUGUUGUGAUCAUCCUGUUCAUUGUUCUGUGAACAGCACUCCCAGUCCACAACCACUACAGCUUUCCUCACCUGCACAGAAGGAUUGACUAAAUCAAAGGUGCUCUGGGGAAAGGAAAUCACCUUCUUCUCCAGUCCUUACUCCGUCACACUGUCAGCUGAUGAGUAUUAUGCGUCUUUUGCAACUUUUUAGGCAACUCCAAAAUGCCACCAGCGUGGUACAUUUGCUUGUUUAUCUGUAAAUAGCUGUUUUGUUUUGUU